CAGCCUCUAUGUCUCCCCACGGUCUCUCCCCAGUCUCUGUCUCAGUAUCUCCUCGUCAUUGUCUCUGUGAGUACGUGUGUGUAUGUCACAUCUCCCUGCAGCACUCUUCCUUGGUCCUUGCUACUCUUCCCAAUCUGCUUGGCCUCUUCCUAUCCCCAGGCUCUGGCCAUUUCUGGCUGCCUAGGUCUGGUCUCUUGUCUCCUUUGCUCCCUCUGUCCCUCUGUCUCUGUUCACUUGAUCUAUUUGCCCUUUCCCUUAUAACUCCAUGUAUGUCCCUGAAGCCAUGCGUAUCCCCCCUUGUGCUGUCGGGUGUGGGUGCAGCAAGGCCCAGCACCCAUAAUUCCCUCCCCCACAGACGGCCCUCUCCUCGGGGCCCCGCCUGGUACCAGGAGCCCCCCCAGCAGGGGGACUGCGCCUGGAAGCCGUAAUGGAGGCCCUGCAGAGGCAGCAGGCGGCGCGGCUGGCCCAAGGGGUGGGGCCUUUGGCCCCUCCGCGCCUACCGCUUCCACAGCCUCCCCUGCUUGGCGCCCGGACCCUACCGGCUGAGGGGGCCUUGGGGGUGGUUAGGGCUGAAGAAGAGGAGGACGCUGAAGAAGAGGAGGAGGGAGAGGCACCCUUAGCAGAAGAAGAGGCAGCUGAGGAGAGCCAUCCAGGAGCCCGGUGUCCCAACUCGCCUUCCAACCAGCCCCCUGGUCUCCAACCACAUGAGUGGACCUAUGAGGAACAGUUCAAGCAGCUGUAUGAACUGGAUGCGGACCCCAAGAGGAAGGAGUUUCUGGAUGACCUGUUUAGCUUCAUGCAGAAGAGGGGGACGCCAGUGAACCGGGUGCCCAUCAUGGCCAAACAGGUGCUGGACCUGUAUGCGCUGUUUCGCUUGGUGACAGCCAAGGGUGGCCUGGUGGAGGUCAUCAACAGAAAAGUGUGGCGGGAGGUCACACGCGGCCUCAGUUUGCCAACCACCAUCACCUCUGCCGCCUUCACGCUACGCACCCAGUACAUGAAGUAUUUGUACCCAUACGAGUGCGAGACGCGGGCACUCAGUUCCCCAGGGGAGCUCCAGGCUGCCAUAGACAGCAAUCGGCGUGAAGGCCGUCGCCAGGCUUACACCGCGGUCCCGCUCUUCAGCUUAGCAGGGCCGACACCUCGGGGAGCUCCUGGCCCCGCCUCGGGUCAUGGCCCCACCCCGGCCGCGACCCCGAGCUGCCCGGGUCCUGCCCAGGGUCCUGCUUCUGGCUUGCCUGCGCAGGCGUGCGCUCAACUGAGCCCUAGCCCUGUAAAGAAAGAGGAGACUGGGAUUCCACCCCCUCGUCUGGCACUACCUGUGGGCUUGACCUUGGAGGCUGCACGGGAGAAGCUGGGACCAGAAGAGCCUCCAGAGAAGAGGGCUGUGCUGAUGGGCCCCAUGGACCCACCUCGACUGGGCGCACCUCCCAGCUUCCUGCCGCGUGGCAAGGUUCCUGUAAGGGAAGAGCGAUUGGAUGGGCCCCUCAAUCUGGCAGGCAGUGGCAUCAGCAGUAUCAACAUGGCGCUAGAGAUCAAUGGGGUGGUCUACACUGGUAUCCUCUUUGCUCGACGCCAGCCUGUGCCAGCUUCCUUGGGUCCAACCAAUCCUCCGCCUCCACCCUCUACAGGGACCCCUUCCAGCACCUUGCCCUGAAAGCAGCUACUGAGAGCUAAGAGUCCCAAUAUCAUUGCAGGGGAGAGAAGGUACCCUCCCACCUUGGUUCUUUCAGGAUGUGAUGCCCCCUCUGGGAU